AUGCCUUUCGUCUACUGCUCAGCAACCACGAGGCAACUGCUCCUCCAGAUGGAGAAAUAUCCCCAUCGGAUCAAUCAUGCAAAGGGGAUCCUUGAACACCGAAAGCUGACCUAUCGCCAUCUGAAAUCUAUUCUUCGGCCACUCCCCCUUCAAGCAAGAACCGAGAUCGAACUUGGCCCAAAGUCUCGAAUGCAAGUCACUCUAUUCGACGCCAAUCAUUGCCCCGGGGCAGUCAUGUUCCUAUUUGAAGGCGAUGGCAAGGCUGUUGUAUAUACUGGCGAUAUCCGUGCAGAGCCCUGGUGGGUCAAUUCAAUCGUUCAGAAUCCAAUAUUCUUGCCGUACAUGACCGGUCUCAAGUCAUUGGACUGCCUUUAUCUUGACACGACUUUUGCAACCCACGAUGAGCCUUACAAGACGUUUCCUACAAAGGCUGAGGGUCUUAUGGAGCUGAUACAAAAAGUCAAACAAUGCCCUACUGACACCCUAUUUUAUUUCAGAUCAUGGACUCUUGGAUAUGAGAAUGUAUGGAUCACUCUCUCAGAUAACCUCAAUUCUCGUGUACAUGUGGACAAGUACCAACUCAAGUUGUUGGGAUCUGGUACCCAUGAGCAACUUGGUUUUCUUGAGGGUCCGGCUUUGACGGGCUUUGCGUUGGGUAAUAUGUGGCACCAAGGCUGUCUUACGACCAAGAACGACACCAAAGUCAAAAUACACAGUUGCGAACCUGGAACACCCUGUCAUUCUAACAUCAAAAAGCAAAAGAAUGUCGUCUGGAUCAGCCCCAUCAUCUCAAGACUAAAAGAUGGCACGGAACUCAAAGAGUUAGGAGCAGGUGGUGGUUUUGGAGACCUUUAUCAAUCUUGGGGGCUUACAUUCGAUGACCUAACAGCCUUGCAAGAAUUUGGAAACUUUUGUCAAGGAGUGCUGAACGAUGAUGUCAAUGCAGAACUUCAGAAAAAGAUUCAAGAGGCUCGAAAACUGCGUGGAUACAACUUGGUCUUGGAUGGCCUUGGGGACAUUUUAUCGGUGGAUGAGGACAAGAACAUCGCUUUGCAGGAUUUGAAGGAAGCAUUAGCGAAGGCUUCUCACUUGUUGGGCUCGGUUCAAAAGCCGACAUCGGCGACUGCAACGGCAUCGAGAGAGAAUAAAACUCCGAGUACUAUAUUCUUUCCCUAUUCUCGCCAUUCAUCAUAUGGCGAACUUUGUCACUUGGUGGGCAAGUUUCGCCCCAAGGAUAUUUGCCCGUGUACGGUGGAGACCGUGGGAUGGACACAGGAGAUGAGUAUGAAGUCUCUUUUUGGCGAUUUGUGCUCUGAAAAGAUCUUCUUCUAUGAUGAGCAAGUCCGCGAGCAAGUCCAGGAUGCUCCCGAGCUCCAGGGUGGUGGGAAGAAAAGGAAACGCGCACAACCAGACAGUCAAGAAACAGCUUCGCAAGAGAGUGAGGUCGAGCGGAGUGAUAUUGUUUCAUCAAACCUAAAGGUUGGACAAAAGACCGUCUUCAACGGAACCCACCAAGGAGACAAUAUCAUCCUCAUUGAAUCUGAGACCGAGAGCGAGGGAGAGGAGCAUUCAAUAGAUGUCUCCGUCUUUGACGGUAUCGCCGAAGAAGACAGCGUCGAAACUUCCAAAUCGAAAGAAGGGAACGCGGCAAGACGAAAAUCUCGGAUGGAAGCUUACCAGGCUGCGAAGCGUUGUCUAGAUGAAAAUGACAGUAAUGAGUGGAAUUGGUAUCCAUUGAGGACCGCUGGCAGGAAAGGCCACGAUGAGGAGGAAGAAUUAUGA